GCCAUACCCUACCAUGCUUGUCACGCUUACCUCUCUUCUCUCCAAUAUCCAGCUGCCUAUAAGCGACUUCAAGCGCUGUUCCGCCUGAAUGAAUUAAUCAAACCAUUCAUCAAAACCCCUCACGUUUGGAGUCCGACUUUGGUCCUGUGAAUGUGUAAGGUUGUCUUGCAAACCCCCGGUCUCUACUCUUUGCAUCCUCCGCAAUGCCUGCCGGCUGUCACCUUGACUAAGGCAAGGCAGAGUCGCAAGCCAGCAGGACGUGCCUCGCCGCAAGCCUGCGCGCCUCACCUCACUCAGCUAUAACCCUUCUCGAUCCCUUUAGAAACAAUAACCACCCACGCUCUGCUUGACCCGCGUCGCUGUCUGCGUCCCAGUUAUCACUGGACUCAUCGUUCCGCCCAUCGUCCGCCAUACCGAAAUCUUCCGUCCUUGCCAGUAAUCACCGCGCAUCGCCAGUAACCAUCUUUCACUUCAUUGGAAACCUACACCGUGGCUCUCAGAAGCCUGUCUGCGUUGGCCACGACAUAACAUGGCUACCAGGGACGGGCCGAGCGUCCCGCGCAAAAAGUCAACAACUUACGGCAAGACAUCGCGAAAACGACCUAUCCACGCGUUUCUCGACCUGUCAAAUGCUUCACGACGCGCCGGCAAUGCUACACAAUCAACUGAGGCCUCUUCAGCGCCUGCCGACCAGCUCUACGAUCUUUACGACCCACCAUCCGAUGACCCUUUGCGCCUUGCACUUUCUCGGCAAACUGUGCCACCUGUUGACGCGCCCGUAAUCCAGUCGGAUGGUGCAAACAAAACUAAGAAGAGGAAGGUGGCGGUGGCGCCUAUGGCCGAAGCUGAUCGCAAGGUCGAAAUCAAACCACCUGUCAUCGCUCCGCCAGCGGGCUUGCCCUCUCACACACGCCGAGCGAAAUCGCCCUUCAACACAAGCGCAUCUACUUCUUUAUGCGCCGUCAAACAAGACCCUCUACCACGAGGGCUCGAUAGACCCAAGACACUGACGCAAGCCCAACCACGCAAGAGCGCUCCUCGUGCUCAAGCCGAGGUUGAGGUUUCUCGCAGGACCGAGUCCAACUUGCAUACACGACAGGCAUUCUCACAAUCUUCUGAAGCGCGGGUGGUGGGAAAGCCAAGCUCCACGAUUACGAGACCACAAGCGACGAAGCCGAAAAUGCUGUCCAAGCCGAAGCGUAUGCGUCUCAUCGAUCAGUUAGCGGCGCAAACCGAAGACAGCUCGGACUCGGACUCCGAAAUAUCAGAUUCUUCGCAGCACUCUAGGACGGGAACGACCGAUGCUUCUCCUUUCACUCCGAUGAAGCCUAUUGACAUGACACCGAAACCUUCGAUGCGGCCCAAGGUGCUCUCAAGCACUAGGAAGCUGAGAUCGACGUACGGAGAGCAGAGGACGCUGAAGACAGAUGAGUCGGGGGGAGACAACCUAGGCAGCCAAAUCGGAGUUGACGGCACCCAGCAUGAUAUGAGUCCGCCCCCAACAAUGUCGAAGCUUGCGUCCUUUGCGUUUGAAGAAGAAGAGAUCGAGGAAGACGACUCUGCUAGAGGCGGUGGCAUCAUUGAUAUCCAUGCGCUCAGGCAAGCCGGUGCCAAUCAUCGUUUUGCAGACAGCAUGGCCGAUUUGCUUGACAGAGUCGGCACGCCCCAGCCGCCCAGAUCACAGACAGCGCGCUCGAGGCGCAACGCCCUAUUGGAGCUGGCGAGUAAGCUGCGGGACAAGACGUUUCUCCGCCAAUUUCGCGACCAGGGUGCGAAGGACGCCUUGUUUCACGCUCUCGGACAGGAAGAGGACUUUGUCAGCGGCUUCGUCCUCCUGUCUGUUGUUCUGGUUCUAUUCACAUCGUAUUCGGUGCCUCAUCUCGUUCCUCAGCUGCAGAGCGAAGGUAUCGCGCAACUGGCUUCGAGAAUGUUCAACAUGGACGAGGAUAUAGUCAGCAUUGCAGCGCAAAGGAAAUCUAACUUAUCUAGGAACGCACAAUCGUCCCUUUCUGCUUUGAAAUCUACGAUACAGCACCUGGAUCUAUGGAAGGACUCUCCGCCCACCGUGCUGUCGCCCAGGACGGUUGCUUUGAAAGCCAUAUCCGUACUCUGCAAGGACGGUGACAGUACAGCGACACGACACAUCCUCUCUAGCUUGACAGAUCAGCUAUUUGGGUUCGCCGAGACAGGCUGGCAAGAUUGUAGAGCUCAUGGGAUGGAGGGAACAGACGGCGGUCUAGCGCUUUCGCUCCUUGAAGGCUACUCGAUUGCAGCAAUGGAAUCCGACGCCGGCCCUCGAUGGACAAAGCGAUAUCUUCCCAUCUUCGCAGAUGUUCUCACGACAGCCAUGGCUCGACCUCUGCAAGAAUUCGGCGAUUUCGAGUCGACAGCAUUGAAAUUGGCACUGAACACAACGAAUAACAACCCCGUUGCUGCAAGCGCCUUUGGUAGAGGAGAUCUUUUCCGCGAGCUAGCAGAGGCCAGCGUUGCGGGUUUUGAGCUCCUGGAGCAGUCUGUCCGCAAAGGGGCCUUUUCCAAGGAUGUCUACGAGACACUCAUGCUGCUACUAGGCGUCAUGAUCAAUACGUCCGAGCACUCUCCGUCAGCCCGGCACUCUGUGGAUGCGUGGCAGGGGCAGGACGGCUCAACCUUGGACAGGCUGGUAGAAGUCUACCUGGAUAAUCGCGAUUCGGCUGGAACAGCUGAUUCAGUCGAGAAGACCUCGGUUGCCGUAGCUCACGGUUACUUGGCGAUACUUUUAGGUUACUUGUCGUUGGGUAGCCAAGUACGCCGGCGGCUGGAGGAAAAGAGUCAUGGAAGAGGCACCAAGUACUUGCUCGAUUCCAUUCAGGAGUUCAUGGCUUUGCACCAAAAAUUGGACACGGAUGAGUUGACGACAAGCUUGCAAAACCUCGUCAAUGAGCUGAGGCAGAGGCAUAAAGCUUCUAGUCGGUAGCGAGUUACAAUCGGCACUUACUGGGGGACGAUACAUUCGGGUGUAAGGAAGUGGCUACAAAGUCAAAACAAGUGGCAUUCUCAGCCACGCUUGCCGCCAUUGCCAGCAAAAUAUUUUAGGAAGAGACGGUGGCAAUCCGGCUUGGGGAGUCUAAAGAGCAAUUUUUAACAGACUGGCGCGGCGGUGAAGGCCGGUGGAUAGGCAGGCAAGCAGGUGUCCCAACAGCAUGGUUUGCGAGGAACAAGACGCUUCCGUUGCCCAUCGUUGGGUACUUUAAGAGAAUUCUCAUCACAUAACCUUCGAUUGGAUGACGGACAAGACUGAGUCUAGCUGGAUCCAGCUCAUUUACCACAAAUUAUUGCUCAAAUUUUCUAAAGCAGCGUCUGGAUUCGAUUACUAUUGGAACCCUUCUGUUGUAAGGCAACCCCCGUACCGGAGACUGCCAUGACGCAACUCACUGAUACAUACCUAGUAGGCUGAUAGGCGUUAAAAGAUGGGGCACGAAUAUCUGAUGUCUUCGGCCGUGGAAUUUUCCAGGUUGGGAGGGUUUUUUGCAGUAUAACCUUCGGGGGAAGAUGUUGCGGUAAUCCAAAUCCGGACACAAUGUGGUGAAGGACAUUGGAGGCACUUUUCUUACCUUAUACAAGAAGAAACCAAUACAAGCGAGAGGCAGCCAGUUCAUAAAAAGGGCAAUCUAUAGUCACUCGGACUGUACGGUCUUGGAUACCUUAGCG